GGCUCCUCGCCGCCCGCUCGAAUGCCCGACUCCAGGGACCGCUGAACCGCCGCCAAACAACCAGCGAGAACCACGGCAGGAUAAAUAUCUCAGAAACAGCGUCCGCAGACUUGCGUGAUCGCCACUCCGGCGCUCCGAAGGCCGUUGAAACCGGCGCCACGACUCUGUCGGUUCGCGACAUGUCGGUUAUCGCCUACAGCCUGCGCCGGGCGACCCUCGCCACCUGCUUCGUCGCCGUCCUCGUCUUCCUCAUCUGGCUUCUGCCACGCCUUCUCAAUCCGACUCCGCCCGAUGCCGCCGAGAGCGAGCGAGACAAGCACUGGGUGGAUACGUCGCCAAACUGGUUCGAUCGCCAGGCAUGUCGCUGGCUCAGCCUGUGCGGCGUGCUGCACAUUCGAUGGGAUGCGCCGGCGCUCCCGGACAACGGAGGGCCGUCGGCCAUGGCGGAACUGAAGUCGCUGGCUUUGGGGUUGACCGCGUAUUGGACCUUCGUCGAGAAGUCCGGCGUCAGCGACUGGGAGAUGGCCCCGGAAAAGAAGAACUCGAAUCGCGGCUUCCGAGCAACUAGCAACAGCGGUGCUCGGAUUCUGGAAAAAGUGCCAGACUACGUGCUCGACCAUGCGCCGCUCGUCCAUCUCUAUUCCGAUGAGCACUUCUGGCCCGCCGACAUUGCCGAGUACAUCCGCCACCUUGCUCCCUACGAAGGCGGCUUCCCGGUCAAUGCAAGUGAGCCUCUGGAUCUCGGGAACUUGGGGUCUCUCAACGGCAAGAACGGCACUGUCUUCUUGACCAGCUACGACGACGUGGAACAGAGACCCGACUGGCUCCAUAGUCGCACCGGGAUUCCCACUCCCUUUGAUGACGAGGAGCCAGACGGCGGAGACGGCGGGGACGAUGGGGAGCGCGACCCACCUCAACAGCCCGGAGACGACACCACCUGGUGGGAUGCCGACAGAGACCACCCUCCACACCGCAUAGUCCCGCCGAGAGAGUCAUCCGACAGGCACCGCGGCCUUCGGCGGAGGCAGUUUCCACAGGACGUGCAGCACCCCAUCGUCGGCAGCGCUUCCGAGUCUAACAAGCCCGACGUCAGCGGCUACUCCAAAGCGCCGGCCGUUCUCAUCCUGGUCGACAAAGGAGCCGACAUCCUGGAUGCGUUUUGGUUUUUCUUUUAUAGCUACAAUCUCGGCCAGACGGUGCUCAAGAUCCGGUUUGGAAAUCACGUGGGCGACUGGGAGCAUUGCAUGGUGCGCUUCCAGCGCGGCGUGCCUCGUGCCCUGUUCAUGAGUGAGCACGCCGGCGGCAAAGCCUAUCUCUGGAAGGCGCUCGAGAAGCGAGCGCAGAAGAACGGAAAGCCGGCACGGCCCGUCAUCUACUCGGCCGUUGGCAGCCACGCCAUGUACGCAUCGCCCGGGAUGCACCCCUACGUGCUGCCGUUCAAGCUGCUUAAGGACAUCACCGACAAGGGCCCGCUGUGGGAUCCUGCGCUGAACAACUACGCGUACUGGUAUGACUACGAGGUCGACCGAGACGAGGCCCAGAACAGCACGGUUCAGGAACGGACCAGCCUCGUGCCUGCGGCGUCGAACCCCGACCUGCCCACCUCGUGGUUCCACUACGAAGGGUACUGGGGCGACGACGUCUACCCGCUGAGCGACCAGCGCCAGUGGAGGCUCUUUGGGGAGUAUCACUACGUCAUGGGCCCUCUGGGCCCCAAGGCGAAGUGGCUGGAUAGGAGGAAGGUGUGCCAGACCGAGAAGUGCACGAUCGUGGACAGUAUCGAGGCGGGUAAGAAGUUGGCUUGGUACUAGACGGUUCCCUACACUUUUUGACGAUGGUAACGGGGUUUAUGCAUGGGUAGAUGGGGGCGACGGCGUUUCCUGUGA